CACACACACUUCAGCUGCCAUUGUCACAGAAAUAUGAAGUUUUCAUCACGGAUACUGAUGCUUUAACUUCUGUGGAUUUAACUUAACACCUGCAAGUAUUAUAAGUGUGAUUAGAGAAAUAGUUCCAAGCAACUCUGCGGAGGUGCCAAACAGAGCCACCAUGUCGGUGACUGUUCAUGAGAAUCGUAAAUCCCGCACCAGCACGGGCUCCAUGAACAUCUCACUGUUCCACAAGCCCUCCCAUCCUGACAGUGUGCUGACCCACCUGAACACUAUGAGGAAGCAGUGCAUGUUCACUGAUGUCACUCUGUGGGCUGGAGACCGCUCCUUCCCAUGCCACAGGGCAGUGCUGGCAGCGUGUAGUCGCUAUUUUGAGGCCAUGUUCAGCGGUGGACUACGAGAAAGUCUGGACAGUGACGUCAAUUUCAGAGACAGUAUACACCCUGAGGUCUUGGAGCUUCUGCUGGACUUUGCCUAUUCAUCUCGACUUAUUAUAAAUGAGGAGAAUGCAGAGUCAUUGUUAGAGGCUGGAGACAUGCUGCAGUUUCAUGACAUCCGGGAUGCAGCAGCUGAGUUUUUGGAAAAAAAUCUGCACUCUUCCAACUGCUUGGGGAUGAUGUUGUUAUCAGAUGCCCAUCAAUGUAAAAGACUGUACGAGCUGUCAUGGAGGAUGUGUCUGUUACACUAUGAGACGGUAAGAGAAUCAGAGGAUUUCUACAGUCUGUCUAAAGAUAAGCUGCUGGAGCUCAUACUUAGUGAUGAGCUUGAGAUAGAAGAUGAACAGGUGGUGUUUGACUCUAUGAUGCAGUGGGUACGAUAUGACUUGGAGCGUCGGCGUCACCAUCUACCAGAGUUACUGAGAGGCAUCAGAUUGGCACUGCUACCAUCUGAAUGUCUACUGGAGGCUGUAGCCUGUGAAGAGUUGGUGAUGGCUGACAAGAGAAGCAGGUCAAUAGUAGAGGAGGCAAUGCAGUGUAAAAAGAGAAUCCUUCAGAAUGACGGAGUAGUGACUAGUCCCUGUGCUCGACCACGCAAGGCAGGACACACACUGCUUAUACUGGGAGGCCAGACCUUCAUGUGUGACAAGAUAUACCAGGUUGACCACAAAGCCAAGGAGAUCAUACCCAAGGCAGACCUGCCCAGCCCGAGGAAGGAGUUCAGUGCGUGUGCCAUCGGCUGUAAGGUUUAUGUGACAGGAGGAAGAGGAUCAGAGAACGGAGUGUCUAAAGAUGUCUGGAUCUAUGACACUGUCCAUGAAGAGUGGUCUAAAGGAGCACCCAUGCUUAUAGCCAGGUUUGGCCAUGGUUCAGCUGAGUUGGAGAACAGUCUUUACGUUGUUGGAGGUCACACAGCCAUAGCUGGUGUAUUUCCUGCUUCUCCAUCUGUCUCUUUAAAACAGGUUGAGCGGUACGACCCUCUUAGUAACAAGUGGACUAUGAUGGCUCCUUUAAGAGAUGGAGUCAGUAAUGCAGCAGUGGUCAGUGCCAAACUAAAACUCUUUGUUUUUGGAGGGACCACUAUACAUAGAGACAAGGCUUCUAAGGUGCAGUGCUACGACCCUGUGGGGAACCGCUGGAACAUUGCAGCUGAAUGCCCACAGCCUUGGCGCUACACGGCAGCUGCUGUGUUAGGCAGUCAGAUCUUCAUCAUGGGUGGAGACACUGAAUUCACUGCUGCUUCUGCUUAUCGGUUUGACUGUGAAACCAACCAGUGGACUCGAGUAGGUGACAUGACAUCCAAACGGAUGAGCUGCCAUGCUGUGGCCUCAGGAAAUAAGCUGUAUGUGGUGGGAGGUUACUUCGGGACCCAGAGGUGUAAAACAUUGGAUUGUUAUGACCCUACGUCAGAUAGUUGGAACUCCAUCACCACUGUGCCUUAUUCACUGAUCCCCACCGCCUUUGUCAGCACAUGGAAACACCUACCUGCCUAAGAGGGAGACACUAGAAGACAAUAAUUGCAGGUUUAGAGAAAGGACUGCUGGCUGGAAGAGAAUCAGUGAGACUGCAUACUGCAUACUACAGGUGGCUGGAGUUGUAGCUCCACACAGGACCAAUACUUUCAAACAACUACAAAAGACCACAUUGAACUGUUUAUCCAAGCUGCACCUCACAGACUCUGAAUGAUGAGCAGUGCAGCUAACAGAGCAACAGCACAGCACCCAGGUCAGAGAAUCAUUCUCCAUAUGAUGCUUCCUAAAUAAUGUGAUCAUUCUGGUAGACCACUCAUACAAGUCUACAAGUGUUUUGUGUAUGCAUGUUCAAUUUCUUUAAUCUUCUUUAAUUUCUUUAAAAAGUACUUAAGAAAUUCAGUACUACAACAUUCCAUGUCUAAAGACCUAAGCUAUUGCAUCAAGCUGCCAGUUGACAUUAACAUACGAAACAGUUUCCCUUAAAAACAGAACAGAACAGAAAUGAACAGUGAUGUGAUAUGUGAUAUCUACUUCUUCAGUUCAUUUAAACUUUAGGUUCCACAGCACACAGACUAUAUGUACUAGUAUUAAGACCACAUUUGCACAGUGCAAUGGGAGUGAAUUUUAGAAAUUUCAGUCCCUGUUAGAGAAAAUCUAAGUUGCCAAUGUAACCCUUCAAUGGACAAGAACAUUUCAGACAAAUAUUUGAUUGCUAUUUUAUAAUGUAUCUAGGCCAAAAUUACACAGUUUCAUGAUUUUUUUUCAAGAAAUGACAAUUUUUAAUUUACACUGUGUAUCUCCUGAGAUAUAUCGCCCAUUUAGGGGAUAUAUUUAACAUAAAUUGUUAUGGUGCCAACUUUUAAAGCAUUUUAUAAAUGAUGAGUUUCUACUUUCUUUCAUGUUUUGCAUAUCAAGUAUUAAGAAAAGUGAAUAUACAAUUAUGUUUGAAACAUAUACACAUCCUUCCCCUAAUCACCAAA